CCGGCAUGGACCCCACCCCGCCCCCCGCGGUGACCAACGCGUCCUUCAGCGUGUUCGACGGCUGCGAGCGCCAGGUGGAGGCCGUGCUCUUCGACCUGACCCUGCAGUGCGUCAACAUAGUGGUGGGGGUCCCCGCCAACCUGCUCGUCCUCCUGGCGCUGGUCCGCAGGCGCAAAGCGGCCUCCACGUCGGACGUGUACCUGGGCUGCCUGGCCGCCAUGGACGCCUACUUCGGCGCCAUGACCCCCGUCAACCUGCUGAACCUCUACUACUGGCGGAGCAGGGAGGUGUGGUCGGCCGUGAAGUUCUCCUACGGCGUCAAAGACACCAGCGGCCCGCUCUUCCUCUCCUGCAUCUGCCUGGACCGCUUCGUGGCCGUGCUCUUCCCCGUCGCCUUCGGCCGGUGCAGGCGGGCGGCGUACCGGGUCGGCCUGGCGGCGCUGGUGCUGUGCCUCACGCUCGCCUACUCGGCAGCCAAAGCGGCGGGGGGCCUCCCCGGCUUCGAGAGGGUGUUCACGGGCGAGGUCCUGGCCACGUUCGCGUGGAUGGUGGUGUGCAACGGCAGCAUCCUGUGGGCCCUGAGGAGGACCCCCGGCUCCUCGGGCAGAGACGAGAUGCACCCCAUGAAGAAGAAGGCCUUCAAGGUGGUCUCCUCCGUCCUCUGCAUCGUCGUGUUCAACUACCUGCCGCCGGUGGCGCUGUUCCCCUUCCAGGACCACUACUCCCCCGACGCGUUCCGCUGCUACGUGCAGCCCGCGGGCUUCGCCUUCCUCAACAUCAGCAGCACCACCCAGCCCCUGGUCUACCUGUCCCGCCUGGGGACGGCGCCUUUCCUGCCAAACACCUGCGCCAAGAGGUGCUGCAGCUGUGUCUCGGCCAAAAACAAGAAUCCACCACAGGAAAUAGCAUCUCAUUAGGUUGAUAUAAAAAAUAAAUCAUUUACGUGUUGAGCCUAAAUCUGUAUAUGCUUUGAUAGUGGGAACAAAAUACUGCAAAUGUAACGUUUUCG